AUGCUCUACUGGUCAAAGCCAUACCCGGAGGAUAUCUUACAGGAAAUUAUAAACAAUUCCUUUUGUUUCGGGGUAUACAAAUCGGCAAACAACACAACUGCCACAGAAGGGACCAAUUGGAAAACCGACAAAGUCCCUCAAAGAUACGAACAAAUCGGCUUUGCUCGCUUCGUGACCGACUACGUUACUUUCGCAUACUUAACCGACCUCUAUGUCUUGCCUGGGUAUCAGGGUAAGGGAUUUGGGGGCUGGUUGAUCGACUGUGUCGACGAAGUGGUGAAGGCUUUGCCGCAUCUCAGAUGGAUCAUGCUUCGGACCUCUUCAGUCAAAAGUCAAGAGUCAUACAAACAGAGGAUGGGCAUGGAGGUGCUGGACACGCCAGAUGCCAGCCAGGAUGCAGUUAUGAUGGGGAGAAGAGGACCCGCGAAUAUGGCUUGA